AUGUCACUGAACAGGUCACCUGCUAACGAUACAACCAGUAUCAAGGGUUCUUCUAGUAACGUGCCGUUCUACCCAGGUGGUUUUGACAGCGCCUUUGGCAAUGUGAUGGCCUUCACCGGAAUCGAAGAGAACGUUGAAUGCGAUGAAAACGAGUUUUUCCGUCGCGAAAAUCUGCUCUCAUGCGCCCCCGGAAUGAAGAGAGGGUUGGAACUUGUUUUACCUACGACCUCUGAAGAUACCAAAGAACCAACAGCAGAUAACCUAGUGAAAGAUGGGGUUAUCGAUUUUGAUUCCACUGAUUUGUUCGACCUUAUGGACUUCGUUGGUGGAGGUGCGCCUCUGAUAGUACCUGCAGAGACUCCUGUCGUGAAGGAGGAAAAGAGCAUCGAUAAGGCAGAGGUUACGGUCGAGUCAAAAGAACAAGAUUCUCCCAUAUUGGAGGACGUCCAGGCAGCUCUCGAGAAGGAAUUGCCGAAGCCAGCUGUGAUAUUUUCACCUCCUGAACGUUAUGCUUAUGCGAAACAGCUCGAUCCUGAAUCUUGCCAUGCGGAGUACAAGUCUUUGAAGCAGAAUAUGGCUAAAAAGUAUCCCUUCGAGCUGGAUGCGUUCCAGCAGGCUGCAGUUGUUUGCAUGGAGAAAGGAGAAUCAGUUUUUGUUGCCGCUCAUACUUCAGCUGGUAAAACCGUAGUGGCUGAGUAUGCAGUAGGCUUUGUGCGAACACCACAAGACUCGAUUCACUAUUCUCCUCGAGGUUCUGAACUUACUAAUGACCACCCAAAAACUGAAUUCUCUAAUUCUCUCCUUUGUAUAAUUGUUGACUCUCAUUUUAGGGCCAUUUACACCUCGCCGAUAAAGGCACUAUCAAAUCAGAAAUUUCGAGAUUUCAAGAUGAUGUUCACCGAUGUCGGUCUCGUUACUGGUGAUAUCCAAUUGUUCCCUGAAGCCUUCUGUCUCAUAAUGACCACGGAAAUUUUGAGAUCUAUCUCUACUAUGCGUUCUGAGUUUUUCGCGACCUGGACGAAGGUGGUGUUCGAGAAGUUCAUGGACAUCAACAUGCCUGAGAGAGGGCAUGUAUGGGAAGAGGUGCUCAUAAUGCUACCAUCUCAUGUGAAGAUCGUAAUGCUCUCUGCUACCGUACCAAACUGUAUUGAGUUUGCGGAUUGGGUUGGGCGUAUUAAAAAUCGAAAGAUCAAUGUAGUGUCGACUUUAAAACGUCCGGUUCCUUUGGAACAUUACCUCUAUACGGGACAGGACGGUAAAACGAAGAAAGAUCUGUUUAAAAUAGUUGAUAUGAACGGAAACUGGCAGGAAGUGGGAUAUAGGAAAGCAGCGGAUGCAAAGGCCAACAAGCGGGACGCGGCUUCUAACCAAGGCAGACCAGGUGGCUCUGAUCGCGGAGAUGGCUCUAAUCGAGGGCGCGGCGGACAAGCUCGUGGAGGGCAUAGCGGGAACACCGGUGGUGGUUUCAGUGGGAAACCAACCGGCAAAAACGACAAGAAUGUGUACAUAAGUCUUAUUGACUUCCUUCGCACUAAUGAACAACUGCCAAUGGUCGUUUUCGUGUUUUCUAGGAAAAGGUACUGA